UUUGCAGAGAAUGGACCGUCAAUAGAUCAGGUUGUUUAUCUGCAACCGUACGAGGAGGGUUGGGGAGACGAGUACAAGCUGAAAUACGAUCGUAGACCUUGUAUCGAUGGCUCUCGAUUUUAUCAACAACGAGCCGACGGUUCUUGGCGCGGUUGGUUUUUCUCCUAUGAAGAAGUUCAUGCGAAGAAGUUCGAGUGCAUAUCUAUUCAAGGCGAUUCGGCGACGUUUAAGGACCUCAUUAUAAGCGAAUAUCCUACCCAGUCAGUACGUUUCCUUCCUUCUCAUAGUGCUUUGCGCACUUGGAAAUCGCUUUCCCUUCCAGGACGAGCAUCUUCUUUGAUCGAGGUGAGGCGAUUCUCCACCAGCAUUAUGGCGAUGUUUAUUACUGGGAAGCGCGACGGAGCAUGCGUUAUGCCAAAUACCUCAUAG